AUGCGAUCAACAUUCAGUGUAUUGCUCGUUCUCUCGAGUAUCUUAGCUCUAGUGAACGCCAUCAAGUUUGAUUUGCCCGCUGUUACCCAGGAUCGUAAGACUGAAGGCACCAAAUGUCUCAACCAAUACGUUGCAAAAGAUACCUUGGUUUUAGCAACUGUUAAUGUUGGAGAAGGCUACAACCAACGCGUUGAACUUGAAAUUCUCGAGGAAGGAGAAACUCGUAAUGUGUACACAAAAAAGACAAAUGUAAAUGGUGAGCUUCGUAAUGCUUUCAAUACCAACAACGAUGGUGAAGUCAUGGUGUGCUUUACCAACCUUCUCGAUGAUGGCUUCCAAGAGGGACCUCAAUACAAGCGUACAAUUGAGCUGCAAUUCAGUGUUGGUGCUGAAGCAGCUGAUUUCAAGAAGAUUGCUAAUGCUGAGAAGCUUGAUCCUCUUGAACUUGAGCUUCGCAAGUUGGAGACAGUUGUCAAGGAGAUUGUUGAUGAAAUGAACUAUUUGAAGCGUCGUGAAGCCAAAUUGAGAGACACCAACGAAUCCACUAACGAACGUGUCAAGUGGUUCAGUAUUCUGUCAUUAUUCACUCUCUUUGCCCUCGGUACAUGGCAAAUCUUGUAUUUACGUCGUUUCUUUAAGAGAAAGAGAUUGAUUGAUUAA